ACAAACGAUCCACACACGAAGCGAUCAGGGAGAGCGCGAGGGAGAGCGAGAGAGCGAGAGGAGACGGAGAGGGAGGAGGAGGGAGGCAGCGUGAGGCAUUUCGCCGUGGCUAAGGGAAGGAGAGACAUCGCUCGAGCCGAAGGCGAGGCAAUCGACGGAGCUGUCUCGGCAGCAGCAGCAGCAGCAGCAGCAGCGGCGGGGGGUGCAGGAAUGGCUAUGGCAGCGACCGCAACCAUGGCGUGCCUCGCGGGAUCGCUCAAGGGGCUCAGUUUGAGCUCCAGCGCCGGCUCCUCGUUCAUGAACGGAGGCGAGAGCUCCGGAUUGUGCCACAAUUUCGUCGUCAGCUGCCCCGUGAACCAGCCGCUCACAAUUGAGGCCGCCCACAAGAAGGGAGCCGGGUCCACUAAGAAUGGUCGUGACUCCAUCGCUAAGAGGCUCGGUGUUAAGAUUUACGGCGACCAGCCUGCCAAGCCCGGAUGUAUCAUCGUCCGUCAACGUGGAACUAAGUUCCACGCCGGAAAGAACGUCGGAAUUGGAAGGGACUACACCAUCUACUCUUUAAUCGAUGGAUUGGUCAAGUUUGAGAAAAUGGGAGCUGACAGGAAGCAGAUUAGUGUGUACCCCGUCCUCGAGGAGAAGGUAGAGAACCCCAACAGCAGGAGGGUGAAGAGACGAGAAGAGUUCAGGGAGAAGAGGGAGAAGCGAAAAGCUUUCCAGCUCUCGAAGUUCUUCGCUGAUUCAGGACUCGUCCUUGCCUCCGGGGAACCCUCAGGAGAAUUCGUGCUCGCUUCAGUACCAGAAGAAACAGAGGAGGAAACUGCUCAAUGCUAGUUGUGUCACAACAAUUUUUUCUCAAAUGUAUUGAUCAUUUUCUUGUUGACGUCCCAUCUUUAGGAGGGACGCUUCUUUGUACACCAACUUUACAAUUGCUAGGAAUUACAAAAGAUCAAUUCGUCUUUCCACAUUCGG